AACUCGUCUGAAGGUGGAGCUUCGCCGGCGUGAGAGACGAGGCCGUGCAGGUGUCGGGAGUCCUCGCGUGCGCAGCCGCAGAAGUUCGCUCGCUAGUUGUCAUUUGUGCCUCCGCCAUGAAUGCGGAGAACUUCGAGGCCAGCGAGAGGCUGGUGAACGCGUCCUAUGUCCGGCAAGGGUCGCAAGGACGCCGCGCGCACGAGCUCCGUUUGCGGGCGCUGCUGGAACAGGGCAAAUGUCCCGAAGAUGGAUGGGAUGAGAGCACUAUCGAACUUUUUCUUCAUGAACUUGCAAUUAUGGAUAGCAACAACUUUUUGGGCAAUUGUGGCGUGGGUGAGAGGGAAGGAAGAGUGGCAUCGGGGCUAGUGGCCCGUCGGCAUUACAGGUUGAUACAUGGGAUUGGAAGGUCAGGUGAUAUUUCUGCUGUCCAGCCAAAAGCUGCAGGCUCUAGUCUCUUGAACAAACUUACUAAUUCAAUAGUCUUGGACAUUAUCAAACUUGCUGGUGUCAGGACAGCAAAUAGCUGCUUUGUGGUCCCCAUGGCAACUGGCAUGAGUUUGACCUUAUGUUUCUUAACUCUGCGGCACAAGAGACCAAAGGCAAAAUACAUUAUCUGGCCACGUAUAGACCAGAAAUCCUGCUUCAAGUCAAUGAUUACUGCAGGUUUUGAGCCUGUGGUGAUAGAAAAUGUGUUAGAAAGUGACGAGCUGCGUACAGACCUCAAGGCAGUGGAAGCUAAACUCCAGGAGCUUGGGGCUGAUAAUAUUCUCUGUAUUCAUUCCACCACAUCAUGUUUUGCUCCAAGGGUACCUGACAGAGUGGAAGAACUGGCUGAAAUUUGCGCAAAACAUGACAUUCCCCACAUUGUCAAUAAUGCAUAUGGAGUUCAGUCUUCCAAGUGUAUGCACCUCAUUCAGCAGGGAGCACGAAGAGGCAGAAUAGAUGCUUUUGUGCAAAGUUUGGACAAAAAUUUUAUGGUUCCAGUAGGUGGUGCUAUCAUUGCUGGCUUCAAUGACUCUUUCAUACAGGAGAUCAGCAAAAUGUACCCAGGAAGAGCAUCAGCUUCUCCUUCAUUAGAUAUUCUCAUCACUUUGCUUUCCUUGGGUGCAAAGGGAUAUCAACAGUUGCUGAAAGAAAGAAAGGAAAUGUUUUCUUAUCUUUCCAGUGAAGUGAAGAAGUUAGCAGAAACCUACAAUGAAAGACUGUUGGACACACCUCACAACCCCAUCUCUUUAGCUAUGUCGCUUAAGAAACUAGAUGAACAAAGUAAUACAGCUAUUACACAACUUGGGUCUAUGCUUUUCACCAGACAAGUUUCUGGAGCAAGGGUGGUUCCCCUUGGGUCUCUGCAAACAGUGAGUGGCUACACUUUCAAAGGCUUCAUGUCCCACACAGACAAAUACCACUGUGCAUACCUCAAUGCUGCUUCAGCUAUUGGAAUGACAAAACAAGAUGUAGAUGUGUUCUUGAAGAGACUGGAUAAGUGUUUGAAAGCUCUAACUAAAGGAAAGAACAAUGAAAAAGAUAUGGUUGUAGUAAAUGAAGAAGUUGUAUCCAAUAUGCAAAAAUGCAAUAUAGCUGAUGCCAAAAACUAGAUUAUGGCAGAUAAUUUCCUGUUUAUUAAAUUUUUAUCAGGACUGUUUUGUGCAAUUAAUGAAAAUGUAACCAAAAUAUGAGUGAGCAAGGGCACAAUCUGACAGGACCCUCUUCUACACAAGCUCCAUCAUUCUUUUCAUUGGGACUUGCAUAAGAGAAGGUCCCACUCAUGGAGAACAUUUUGGAGUGUUCUAAGCAAAAUUAGCAUCUGUAUUGAGUACAAGCCCCUCAUACUGUGUAAAACUCCUGUAAAUCUGUCUAGAGGGAGCCACGGCAUUGUGCUAGAAAGGACAAGCAUUUGAGAUCUGAAACGUGUGUGUGUGUGUGUGUGUGUGUGUGUGUAUGUGUAUAAAGAGUCAGUUCAUACAUUAUUGUAGUAGCCACCAAAAAUGGUACCAUAUGGGUGCUAUUCCAUUUGGGAAGCAUUGCUUUUGCAAUUGCAGCUUAGCUGCACUAUGAUUUUUUUAAAUUGUUGCUUGCUGUUAUGAAAUCAACUGAUAAUGUAAUACCAUGUUGUGUUGUGUCUAUUUGUCACUUGUACUACAUUAGUACCCUCUAAGGUAUUUCCUCUAUUGUCCAAAUAUGUGUGACCUAUCCCCACCUUCAACGUUUUGGUUGCAUUAAUUUUAUCAACUUCAUUUUUAGAGUGCUUAUCUAGCGUCGUUAAACUUGGUUCUAUCAUGCUACAACAGAGUGGGUACCACUUCAUACAAACCAAACUUCUGCAUGGAACUGCACUCACAAAAUUCCAAUAUUUCAAUGGCUACCACAUUGAUAAAAGAGCUUAUAAACUGAGUUUGAACUUUCUGUUCAUUUCCAUAAUAUUCUGCCUCUCUGACUUGCUUUAUUCAGCACUAUCUUGCAUGAACUUCUGCAUGAGGCCCACUGAAACAGGUGCAAGCUGCGCAAGAAAAUCCUAGCAGUGCUCUUGAGCAGCCUUCAUUCAUUUCAGUGGGACUUAUGAUGGAUAAUAUCCUGCUGUAUUGUGCCUUCAGCCUUUUUCUAAUAACCUUAGUGCAGGUAUUGCCAUAUGUGUGCAAAUUAUUGGUUUUCAGCACAUUUGUGCAAUUGCUGUUUCUCCACCUUAGCCCCUGAAAGAAUUUAAAGCAGCAUCAACAGUUUGAAAGGGAACUGAGUAGCUUCUCCUGGAUAUAAUACCUAGUGCGAAUUAGAACAGCUGCAGUUCAGCUUUGAGCCUUUGGUUAUGCCAUGCUACUUCUGGCUUUGAAAACCUACGGUAGCCAGACACUGAGGUGAGGGUGCGGUGGUGGUAUAUAAUGGCCCCUCAUGGAGAAACUCCCUAUCCUGUGCCUUUUGUGCCCUUUUUUGUCUUCAAUGGUGCUGCCUGCAUGACCAGUCUCAAUAUUCCCAGUGCCUCCAAACAAAGUAACUGUCAUCACGGUGUUGUGACCUCAACGCUGAAGAAGUAUGAUGUAGAAAUUAUCAAAGAUUUUUUUAAUACCAAGAUAUUGGUUCAUGACAUUGAUUAUUCAGAGUGUUAAAGUUACAUAUUUAUUGCUCAGCCAUUGGCUAAUACAAAAAAACAAUACAAGAACUAAAGAAAAAGUAAACAACAUCAAAACUACACAAAUAUAAAUCCUAGCUUUAUGCUGCAUUCAUUGAUUUGAGAGCAGCAUUAGAUAGCAUUAGUACAGAGAAUCUUUGGAAUUGAUUAUUUUAGAUAUACUUAUCUGUGGUUACUUGACAGGUUCCAAAUUUAACAAAGCACUUGCUCUUGGCACUAUAUUAUGCUGUUUCUUUUUAAAUUGAUAUUUGCGGGGGGGGGGAUAUUUUGUGUUUACACAUUCACAUUUGUUAGUGAAUGAGAAAUAUUGAAACUGACUUUAUUUGUCUCUAAGAAACCCAUUCAGUUGUUAGGGAGUCAGUUUUGUUUUCAUUUUUGUUCAGGUGACUUCUGUUUAAUUGAAGACUGCAGAUACAGUUUUAAACAAAUUGUAAAACAGUUUUCUUCCUUAGGAACUAUAUUUCAGGAAAGCCCUUUUGUGUGAGAGUGAAAAUGGCUUUAUUGAAAAGCAUUUUAAUUUUCAGUGCAUGGUAUAUUUCUUAUUUGAAAACAUCUGACAAACAGGUACAGGUGGACCUCCGUGCUUGCGGUUUUGCAUAUCUGCGGUCAGAGAAAUGACACCCAACCUCGGCAUACACAGAAAAAACACAACACAUUGACCUUGCGUAUCUGUGGAUGGCCGGAAAUGACUGUGGAGGUAAUUUCUGGCCACCAUUUUAGGACUCUGAGCCACAAAAUUGCUUCUGUCAAAAAGUGGGGUAGUGUGAUUUUUUGGCCAUUUUUGGCCAUUUGGGGGCACAAUGUGACUUGUGGGGGGGCAGCAAAGACAGGCAAGGAGCUUCCCCCCCCCCAAACUGGCUCGUUUCCAGCCAUUUCCAGCCGAUUUGGGGGCAUUUCCGGCUGAAAACGGCCAACUGGGAACGGAACCCCCACAAUCCCAUAGAGAUCAAUGCUUCCUUUUUCGCAGUUUCCAUAUCUGUGGUGCUGCUGUCAAAUAGAACCAUCGCAAGUAAGGAGGUCCACCUGUAUUGUUCUUGAUGAUGGAGUCAAGUGAUUAUGCCUUUCAUUCCAUGUAAUAGUUGCUCAGAAUAGAAACCAGAAUAGAAAACUUUGGGCUGAUUGGAAUAUUCCCUCCAUAACAUACUUGCUGCUUUCCUAUGACUGAUUCCCAUGUUGCAGUGGUAGCACUAAUUGGUUGGUCAAGUUAGAAGUUGUCCCCCUGGCUCUGCUAGUGCACCUCCUAGGCACUGGCAUGAUAACCUUCUGUUCCAUGACCAAAUUUAGAUUUUUAUCUUUACAACAUGGGAGACCCAGCCAGGAGAAAAUGGUAACCAUGAAGUAAUGUAUAAAUCUACCUUUUGUAUACACAAUGUGCUUAAUGAAAAUAAUCAGGUUUGAUUUUUAAUGGGUUGUGCUGACAUGAGUCUACUAUAACUGGUAUCAGUUGAUGUUCUCAGGUAAAUUUGGAUGGACCACACCAGUCUUCUUACUUAAACAAAUAAAAUAUCUGUGAUCGGUA